AUGGUGUUGGCGGUAGUGGUCGAUGCAAGCAAUAUAAAUCGCUCGCAUGUGCCACAGGCGACAGUUCCUCUUUGGCUAUCCAGAAUGGCUACUAUCGUUUCAAUAGCGAUGCUGGUGACAGCAAUGACUGCCCUUGCGCGGGCGGCAGCGCUAGGCGAUGCACUGGACGACAGGGCACGGUUCGACAGCUACCGUGUGUACCGUGUGGUACCCCACAACGAAGAUCAGCUCACAGUGCUGAAGCAUUUACAAAAGUCUCUUGAUGAGCUGGACUUCUGGAAAGGCCCCGGGCGCGUCGGGGUGCCUGUAGACAUCAUGGUGCCGCCGCAUUUACUGCCCGAUUUCGAGGACACCAUCAAAGGAAACAACAUGAAUGGCGACCUCUAUAUUAAGGAUGUGCAACGGUUGGUGGAUCAGCAGACUAACGUAGGACGUAGCGGUCACUUCAGCUGGUCGGACUAUCAUCGUCUUGAUGAGAUCUACGCUUGGUUAGACGCCCUGGAAGAACAAUAUCCCGAUAUUGUCACAGUUAUUGUCGGUGGGUCAACCUAUGAGGGACGCCAAAUAAAAGGAGUAAAAGUUUCUUUCAAGUCAGGAAAUCCUGGCGUGUUUUUGGAGGGAGGUAUUCACGCUCGGGAAUGGGUCUCUCCCGCGACUGUAACAUACAUUCUGAACCAGCUGUUGACCAGUGACGAGCCCCGCAUUCGCGACAUUGCCCAGAACUUCGAUUGGUAUAUCUUCCCGGUCUUCAACCCUGAUGGCUAUGAGUACACUCACACUACAAACCGGCUGUGGAGAAAGACGCGGUCUCCCACCAGCGAUACUUGCCACGGAGUUGAUCCAAACCGCAACUGGGGUUUCCACUGGAAAGAUGGCGGAUCAAGCAGUGAUCCUUGCUCCAACCAUUAUGCAGGACCUGAAGCAUUCUCAGAAAUCGAAACUCGCUCAAUGUCCCAGUAUAUUACUAGCAUUGCUGACAAGAUCGAUGUUUAUCUUGCUUUCCAUAGUAUCCGUGAAUAUAAUUUAUCUAUUGCUCUUCAGCUGACGAGCUGUCACAAUAGCUAG